UUCUUACACCAUACUCCCGCGCUUUCUAUCAUGGCAGCCGUUGCGCAAAAUCCGGUCAUGAUAUCCAAUCUUCCAUCUAUACUUGACGAUAGUGAUUCAUCCCCAGUGGACAUCACACACCUCUCUGGAAUGACAAUGACCGAAACCAUCAAAGAACGACAACCGCAGAUUCAUUUCACCCAUGCCACAGAAUCGGCAUCUAAACUCACUUCCAACAGAUCGUCGAUGGCUUCUGUCUCCACUACAAAAUCCCAACUCAGACACUCCAACCAGGUUCUGAUUGGCAUGCUCCAGAACAUUCAGAGUGAACUGGAAGCCCAUCGGUCGCUUAUGUUGGACAUUCGAGAUCGGGUAGCCCAUCUUGAAGAUGAUACCGAAGCCAGUGUCUACCACGAUGCUUAUGCACUCCGAGCAUUGGAAGGAAACAAGCGUGGUAGUUGGCUUCCUCCUCUGCCACCCCCGGAAGGACUGUCAUGGUGGAAUGCAGUUCAGGCAUUCGCUCGCAACUCUGAGCCACCCAUCAGCGCUACUGAGUUUCUACGAACACCGAGACCGUGCUCAGCUAUUGAUUGGCCAUUGGGCCCUGCUCCGGCCGUCGAAUCAGUCACUCCGCCUGAUGUGGACGACCUUCCUCCGUUGACACCUACGUCGGAAAGCGAGAACAGUGAUCUUGAUACACCAAUCAGGCAUGACAUCAACCUCGGUAAAAGAAUCUCUUCGCCGAGGCCAAACUCGAGCUCAGUGGAAAAUGAGAAUGAUAUCAAGGAAAUCGAGGUAGAAUUUGAUAAGAUCAAACUGCCAGCACCCCCUCUCCUCAAGCCAGCUCCAGCAGGAAGACCGACGGCCACCAGCGACGAGACCGCCGAUCCAGUCGCCGAGCCUACGGAGCCGAUCACCGAGACUAUAGAUAAGGUCUCUGAGCCACCUAUCGAAACAGAAUCUAAACUGAUGGAAAGCUCCAUGCGUUUUUACAAGGGAGUGAAGAGCUUGAUCACUUACAAGGCUCUUCUAAAGCAUAAGUCUACAGAGAAAGGUCAGUCGAAACCCCAAUCAUUAUGA